UGCAAACACGAGGUUUUACGAAGCAGACAACAGAUCAGUGGUCAUGGAAAUUUACGAUAAGUUUUACUUGUUUGACCUUGAAAAGAUGGACGUCAGCAUCGUGUUUCCGGGUCGAGUAGUCGAUACACGAGUGUGUAUCUUGACCAAACGGAAGCAACUCCUCGUGACGUCACGUUUUGUCACGUUUUGGCAAGAACGUGAAACUGUACAUGAUCACAAACGGCUGCAUUGACGCCAUAAUAAAAACUGGGCACAAGAAGGAGAUCUACCAAGUUGUGGUAAACGAUCCGGGAACGCUCGCCGCAGUAACGGUUGAAAUGGGACCCGUAAUGGUUAUGGACCUUGUCACCCACUCUCGCAUGUAUGAGAUCUCAAACAUUUUAGGCCGGCGGUACGGAGGGAGAUACAUGCUGUUCGACUCCUACAUGUUGUUGACCCGAGUCAGCAGCCGCUUGUUCUUCAUCGGAGGUUACGUGGGCGAGCGCACAGACAAUGAAGUUCAACUUUUCUGCUGGGUCACUGAACAAAAGAUAGAACCUUUUGAGCUAUGUGACAGAGAGGCCGUCAAAAUUGUCAUGGCAAACGUUUAUCGUCUCGAUGACGACCGUAUUAUGACCACGGGAAAAGGCGACAACUAUGACUUCCGAGUUUCGACACCCUGCACUGGAGCGCCGAUGGAACGUUUUUCUACACAACCAGCGAUAACUUCUGGAAACACAAGGCUCCUGACGUCAUCACGUGGACUAUUCACCAUGGAAACCAACCCACAUCGACGCCUGGGGCUAAACGCAGUUUUCCCUUAUAUUCAACCAAAGAGGCGCCGGCUUCGAGCCGCAUUGCACUCCCAUGGACUAGUGUUAAACCUUUUCAUCGAGGAGCGAUGCAAAGGCCCGGUCUUCUCUGUGCUGUCCAAAUAUCUACUGGACAUUCUGAUAACUGACAAGAUCUUGGUCUUUGGGAAAGAGGCAGUAAAUCCCACCAACGUAUCAUACAUCUUGCGCGGAAACAUACCCGGGCUGUGAUAGGUGCAAUGCUAAUUAUAAUUAAAUAUUAAUACAAACUUUGUAUGAUAGUAUAGUCAAAUUUCAUAUUAUAAAUACAUAUUAAAUGAUA